UCAUUCAUCGUUAAACCUAAUCGUCUCUUUCAAUUCCUUCGAAAUUCUCUGCGAUUUUUCUCUCUCUCUCUCUCUCUCUUGCGGACAUUUUUGUUUCCUCAACUGAUUCGAACAAAUAUAUAAAAACCCUCGAACCCUAUUUUCUUUCAUUCAUGCUUGGCGUCGUCCUACCUGAAAUUAUUGUCGUGUACGACAGUUUUGUGCCCUACUUCUCCUUGGAUUUCAAAUUUCUUUAUCGUCUCCCUGUAUUAGUUGGUCGCAGUAGGUUAGAGGGUACGGGCUGAUUAAUCGGCGAAAUCGGUGUUUGAAAUCAUGCUGAGCUUGGACGACGAAUCGGUACAAGUUUUAGUGUGUGUAAUGGUGGGGGGGUUGAGAAGUGGGGAAUCUCUCAAUCAGAGGUUGUCUGCUGAAGCCCUGGAAAUUGAAGAUUCAAAAUCUGUGGGGUUUGGGAGAUUAUAGGAGAUUAAUCUGGAGGAAACGAAAUGACAAUUGACCAGGAGGAUUAUGAGGUUAUUGAAAAGAAGAAGAGGAAGAAGAAGGAGAGGAAGAAUGUGUUAGUGGGGAUUAGAAUUAAUGGCGAUAGUAGAGACGUACUCAAUUGGGCGAUUGUUAAAGUUGCUGAUCCUGGGGAUUGUGUCAUUGUAAUCCAUGUUUGUCAAACUUCUGAUCGUGUAUCAAAAGAUAAGCCCAUAUUUGAUGAAUUCUUAGAAGGAUACAAAAGCCUUUGUGAUGUAAACAAGGUAGCUCUUAUUGCUCAGAUAUCGACCGGAAGUUCGGUUAGGAAGACUCUGGUCAGACAGGCAAAAGGCUAUGCUGCUGAGGCUGUAGUUUUGGGAACAAGCAAGCCAUUUAAUCUUGGGGUAUGGUCUUCAACAACUAGAUACUUAGUCAAGCGACUGCCUCGAACCACCGAUGUUUUGGCUCUCAACAAUGGAAAAAUUGUCUUCAGAAGAUCCACCAAUGAUCAACUACCAGGCUUGAAUCAUGACCCAAAACCAAGUUUUAGUCAAGCUAGUCAAUCUGAUUUUGAUGCCUCUGAGACUGAGACUUCUGCUUCUUAUAGUAUUGGUAGUGAAGACUUGAAGGAUGAACAUCAUGGAGGCAUCCUUGAAAGUAAAAGAAAUAGUAACAAAAAAGACACAUCAAUGAAGAUUGACCAUCCCGAGCUAGGGCUCGGUUGGCCACUGCUUCGAACGAUGCCAAAGAUUUCACAAAACUCAUGUGUACAUAACAUGUCUGUAGUGCAAUGGGUGAUGAACUUACCCGAUCGCUCACCGAGUCAUUUAAGCACAAAAGAAAAAAAUGAUCCAUCAAGAAGUGAGCCAGGGCUUGGAAUUUUAUCCGACUUUUCUGAACCACCAGAAGACUUGGAGGAUAUCCUGAAAACUAAGUCAUCUUCUUAUAAAUGGUUUAGUCCUGAUGUGUUGAAAGCGUCAACUUCUCAUUUCUCUUCAGAAAACCUGAUUGGGAAAGGCGGUUGCAAUCAUGUAUACAAAGGAAUUCUCCCAGAUGGAAAGCCAAUUGCAGUUAAAGUAAUGAACUCUUCCAAACAGGCAUGGAAUGAAUUUUCUCAAGAAAUUGAUAUUAUUUCCUCAUUACAUCACAAGAACAUAACUCCGUUUCUCGGUAUCUGCGUAGAUGACGAUAUGUUGAUAUCUGUUUAUGGUUUCUUUUCUCAAGGAAGUUUAGAGGAAAAUCUAUCUGAUACAAAGCAAGAAAAAGGCAUUCUUUCAUGGGAGGUGAGAUUUAAGCUGGCUAUCGGUAUUGCCGAGGCGCUAAGCUACCUACACGACGAAUAUCCUCGGCCUGUUGUACACAGAGAUGUCAAAUCAUCAAACAUUCUGCUCACUGAUGAACUUGAACCACAGCUAUCGGAUUUUGGCCUUGCAAUCUGGGGACCAACAGAAUCAUCGUUUCAGAUCGAAGCCAACGUCGUCGGAACGUUUGGAUAUCUUGCUCCUGAAUAUUUCAUGUAUGGAAAGAUGAGUAAUAAGAUUGAUGUGUACGCUUUCGGUAUAGUUCUACUCGAACUGUUAUCGGGACGAAGAGCAAUCAGUGCAGAGACUUGGAAAGAGCAAAAGAGCUUGGUUAUGUGGGCCAAGCCAAUCAUAGAGAGUGGCAGCAUAAAUGAACUAGUCGAUCCAAAUUUGGUGCGAAAAUUCGACGUCGAUCAGUUGCAAAGAAUGGCUCUUGCAGCAAAUCUGUGCAUCACGAGGGCGUCUCGACUCCGUCCUAGAAUUAGUCAGAUACUGAAGAUUCUAAGAGGGGAAAUCAAUUCCAUGAAUGUAAGUAUGGAGGAAUCACAAAGUGUCGAGAAUGGAGACGAUGAAGUUUAUCCAAACUCGAGCUCUGAUCUGCAUUUGAUGAACCUUGCAUUGCUUGGUGACGACGACUACGACGAUGGAGCAGAAUUGGGUGCCUUUGGGCAAGCCCUAUGGUGAAGGCGGCACGAUGGAGCGGACUUUGGGCGUGCGACAUGAGACUGUCGUGAGAAGAUCCUCAAGCUUUAACGAGCUUCUAAUACGUCAUUCCGUUCACCAUACACUGUAAAUUAGCUAAAAUUUAGAGAAUAAAACUGUACAAUGAGUAUAAAAACUUUUGCACCCUUUGCUGAGGUGAUUUCUUAAAUGGCUUGUAAAUAUUUUUCCUUUUUUAUUUUUCUUUUCAUUUUUGGUUUGAAGGGCAAUUAAGUCAAUGAUGAGUUAUAUUUAUA